CUGGUAAAUGUCAGAGGAUCGGUGCUAUGGAUGUUCGAAUCGUGACUGCUGAUCUCGGGCACGAGGAAGAAUGCAAGCGGUUUGUUGAAGAGACAGUUCAUCAGUUUGGACGCUGUAAGUUUUGUAGUAUCGGGAACUUCCUAUUUUGCUCUGAAUUUUCUUUCUGUAGUGGAUCAUCUAGUAAACAACGCUGGGAUCAUGCACAGCUAUCUGUUCGAGGAGGCUGUUGAUGUGUCCAGCUUUCAGUCGAUAAUGGAUGUCACAUUUUGGGGAUCAGUUUAUCCUACUUACUACGCUCUCCCUCACCUCAAACGCUCGGGAGGUAAAGUUGUGGUGAAUUCUUCGGUAUCAGCUUGGUUACCAAUGCCACGCCUGGCCAUCUACAAUGCCGCCGAAGCUGCGCUGCUGAAUCUGUUUGACACGCUGCGUGUCGAGGUUGGAAACAGCGUUGGUAUCACAAUAGCAACCCCGGGAUGGGUCGAGAGCGAGAUCACUCGAGGCAAGUUUGUCUCUGCCGAAGGCGAGCACGUAACAAUGCCUGACCUGAGAGACGUCACCGUGGGACCUGUUCCAGUCACUUAUGCCGAAGAGUGUGCCAAGGCAAUCUUCUCGGGGACAGUCCGUGGCGCUCGCUACGUCCGUGUGCCUUCCUGGUAUGGAGUGACGCUGCUCUACAGAAUCUUUGCUCCUGAGCUCAUCGAGUGGACGUAUCGAUUGCUCUUCGUGUCUCCGGCUCCUGGCACUCAAGUUCCUGCUGCCAAGCUGAUCAUGGACGUUCCCGGCGCGAAAGAGAUCUUGUAUCCUUCGUCAAUUGUUCAUCCCCAAAAAACCGAGUAAUUUGCUUUGUGUGUUUGGAAUAUUCUGAAAGAAAUUGUCAAUAUUUGGUUUCUAUUU